UACUUCAAACGCUAGUACAUUGUCAGUACUUGAAUUGGUUACGUGUAAGCAUGAAGUUCGACGGCGUCUUCAAGUAUACUGGAAAGUAUGGUCGUUAUCACAGGCAAAUUACACAUAUUGUUUGCCUCGUAAUUAUCACGAACACUUUCACGAAUAUUUCUACGGUGUUUUUAAAUGGAACGAUGGACCACUUUUGUAAGGAUACUGACAACACAACGAAUACAAAUUGCAGCGCGUCCGACUACGAAUUCGGUAUAGCGAACAACAUCUUACCCCCAGACGACAAAAAUACCCCAUUCAUCAAUGAAACCAUGUGUAGGAUGUACACAGGAGAUGUGGAUGGUGUUAAUAAUAAUGAAACAGAGCUAGCAAGUUGCGAACAUGGAUGGACCUACGACAGAUCUAUGUAUAGGUCUACUAUUGUGUCAGAGUUCGACUUGGUCUGUGAAGAUAGUUACAAGGUCUCGUUGGCAGCUUCGUCGUUUCUUUUUGGGUACUUUUUUGGAUCAAUCGUGUUCGGAGGAAUAUGCGACUACUUUGGUCGGAAACGAGGAAUCCUAAUUGCACUCGCACUAAAGAUUCUCAUGGGAACACUUUGUGCCAUAGCGCCCUCAUACUGGACUUACUUUGUGUUCCGUCUGCUGAAUGGAACUAUGAACAUAGGCCUGUAUAUCUCUGUAUUCGUUUAUGUGACUGAGUUUGUAGCCCCGUCCAAACGUGCGAUGAUAUCAGCAAUUGCGUAUGUGUACUGGAGCAUAGGGUUUCUGUUUCUUGCCGGCAUUGCAUACUUCGUGCGAUCGUGGAGGACUUUUUAUCUCAUUGUCAGUCUAUCACCGGCACCAUUGUUAAUUGUGUAUCUUUUUAUUCCAGAGUCUCCACGUUGGCUCCUAUUAAAGAAUAGACCAAAAGAGGCCAAAAAAAUUCUUCAAAAGAUCGCUAAAGUUAACAAGAAGAAUUUUCCUGACGAUGUGGUUGACAACAUUGAAGUACAGAAUAAUCCUCAGCGUGAACUGAAGAGGGCAUCCUUCGUUAGCAUCUUUCGUUUUUCAAACAUGAGAAAGAAGACGCUCAUCCUAAUUUAUUGUUGGCUCACUACAACUCUUGUUUACUAUGGGUUGACAUAUGGUGUUGAAAGUCUGAAUCUGAAUAUCUACAUUGCAACUUCUUUAGGCGGCGUUACUGAGCUGCUGGCAACCUUCUUUACUUGGUUUGCGAUUCAGAGGUUUGGCAGACGAUGGAUGCUAGUGUUCUUUUUUAAUGCAGCCGGCAUCCUAUGUUUCCUUAUAAUAUGGAUUCCUACUCAUAUGGAGGCAUUACGAACCGCCCUAUCUAUGGCAGGACGCUUUUUUGUGACUUCUACAUUUUCAUUGAUAUACACGUUUACUUGCGAACUUUACUCAACUGAUGUCAGGAGCAUUGGAUUAGGAAUCUGCUCGUUUAUGUCACGUGUGGCGGGAGUGCUUGCUCCUCAGCUUCUGUUUCUUGAAAAGCUAUGGACGCCAUUACCACUGGUCACGUUUAGUGCUGCGUCAGUGUCUGCUGGAAUAUUGGCGAUACUUUUGCCGGAAACUUUGAAUUUUCCGCUGCCCCAGACGGUCGAGGAAGCGGAAUUAGUGACCAGGCAAACCAACCAAAGACUUUCUGCCAAGGACUUUCAUGAAUUGAGUGUAAAGCCAGAACAACCAUGAUUAUCUCACCACAAAGGCCAUAACUCUCUGAAAAUGUCGCUUUGGAAGGUUAUCACUCAAACUUGUAGCAUAAGUAGUCUCAUUAUUUACUGGAUCAAACAUUACUUGAUUAUUUCAAAUAAUGCAAUUAUGUUUGGUUGUUUUGUUUUAUUUUGUUUUUGUUUUGUCUUUUGAUUUGUUUAAUUUUUUUAAUGCAUGAUGAAAAACCGCUCUGAUAAUUAUAUUAAAUAUUGUUCACUGUGCACGGACAUUUAACGUAUAUUAUGCCCCUUAUCCUGCUUAACUCACAGUGAGGGUUAUUCGAGGAGUAUAGCGAUCUGACUCCAAUUAAAACCCGACGCUGGCCGGGUUUGACCAGGGUCUUCAGCACAAGAAGCAGGAUCAUUGCCUCUCAGUCAAACACUCCGUAAUGGCAAUGCUGUGUAACGUAGUAAAAAUUAAAAAAAAAUAAAACGUAAAAUAACAAUGACAUAGCCGAAUCGUAAAUUUUGAAGGCUGACUUCUUAAAUACUGUACUGUUGUUUAAACUCCUGUAAUGUCUGAUUUAAAUGAUUAUUUUUUUACCAUUUUAUAUCUUUAAUUUUAUUGCCUGUAUUAUUAAUAACUAAAAUUCAAUUUCCAAGUUUAGAUUUCUCUAUCUCCUUAUUUGUUUAUAACAAAAUAUCAAUAAGAAGUAUUUCAUUAUAUACAAUAAUAUACAGGGAUGAGGUAAUGAAUCUGCCUUGUUAUACUGGAUAUCAGCGCAUGCUGUACCACAUGUAAUAUUACAAAUAGAUAGUAAUGUAUAUGGUUUCUUUGCAUUUUACUCAGGAUAUCAGCGCAUGCUGUAUCACAUGUCAUAUACAGGUUUCUUCUUAGAGUAGGAAAUGAACUAUAAAACAAAACAAAUAAGUUUUAUUAAUGUUUUUGUUAUUAACUAAUAACUAAUAAUUUAAUUCCUGUACCACAUGUCACAUACAGGGUUCUUCUUCGAGUAAGUAGCGUACUGGAUAUCACCGCAUGCUGUACCAUGUCAUACAGGGUGGGUUUCUUAGAUUAGGUAUCAUACUGGUUGUCAGCGCAUGCCGUACGGUACCGCAUGUAAAUUACAAGGUUCUUUUCGAUGUAUUGCACUGCUGGUCAGCGCAUGCUGUGCCACCUGUUAGAUGCAAUUUCCCUUCAUGUGUUAUACAUGCUGUUAGUGCAUGUUUCAUUGCCUUAGGUUACUCCCUCUUUGAGUAAAGGAUCAACUGCAAAACUUGCACUUAGUAUGGGCUGCUGGCGUGCCUUCAUUUACAUGCGACCCGCCUUUGGCCUUAUAUUCAGAGCAUCCCAUUGUGAUUUCUGAAUUAAUACCGUAACUUCUUGUUCGCUUUUAAUUUUACGUCUGUUCGUUGUGCAGUUGAUUUCACUUUACUCAGUAAACAUUAUUUAUCACCAGAACAUUAAUUUCAGUCUCUUUGUGAAUUUAUUUGAUGCCUUUGUAACAGUCAAAAUGAAAAGAUUGAGGGCUCAAUCUUGUUUUGACUGACAGAGGUCAACGUCACAUUCUCUCUCUUGUCAUCAGGCUUCAAUCCGUUCAAGUUGAUUGUAUUCCAAGUAAACUUCAAUAUUUUUCCCACCACCCAUUCCCAUUUGAUAAUGGCCUUAUUCAGAGCAUCCCAUUGUGAUUUCUGAAUUAAUACCGUAACUUCUU